GUCAGAGGUGAGAGCUCCUCACGAUCUGUCAUGGCGAAUGAUGGAGCAGGCAUUCUGGCUUUCGUGUGACUCGGAGCUCUGGCUGUAACGAGCGGAUCGCCGAGCUCCAGGCGGCAGGACACCGAAGGGGCAAGAAGACUGAAGCAGUUUAACGGUGAAGGAGGCCCAAUGUGGAGAGCUAUAGUGACUGGACCUCCUGUACUUCAGAUGACAUCAUGUCUUACUACAAUGACGAGCCUCGAUACACCAUUGAACAAAUUGAUCUCCUCCAACGCCUGCGCCGAUCAGGAAUGACUAAACACGAAAUAAUUCAUGCACUUGAAACAAUGGAGCGGCUUGACCAGGAGCAAAGUGAAAAGUUUGUUAGGCGGCCUAACUACAGUAGUAACUAUGGAAACAAUGUUUCUGCAUCCUCUUCGACGGCUUCUGCUGCUACACAGACUCAAAGUAUUGCUCAAUCUCCCUCGCCUAGCAAUAGCUAUGACACAUCACCUCCACCCUACAAUACAAGCCACACUGGACGGGAAAGCAUAGCAAGUGAGAGACUUGUUGCCAGUGGGACACUAUCUCCGCGGUACCAGAACAGUGGCAGUCAGAGGUCUUAUAGUUUUGACACAGGAGAUGAUGAUGCAGACUUGGAAGAGAAGGUGGAGGAGUACAUGAGGAGAGACAGCAAUGCAGUAAAAGAAGAAAUCAAAGCGUUUUUAGCCAAUCGGAGGAUUUCUCAGGCUGUAGUUGGGCAAGUCACAGGUAUUAGCCAAAGUUAUAUAUCUCAGUGGCUAUUGCAGCAGGGUCUUGAUAUGAGUGAACCCAAGAAGAGGGCAUUUUAUCGGUGGUAUCUUCUAGAAAAAAAUAGUCCAGGUGCUACUUUAAGUAUGAGGCCAGUUUCAACCACAACAACAGAAGAUCCUGAGUGGCGAUCAAACGUCAGUCCAGUGACUGGAAACUUUCGUCUCAGAAGAGGAAGUAGAUUUACCUGGCGCAAAGAGUGCCUGUCUGUCAUGGAAAGUUAUUUUGGUGAAAAUCAGUAUCCUGAUGAGGCAAAGCGUGAGGAAAUUGCAAAUGCUUGCAAUACAGUCAUACAAAAACCAGGUAAAAAGCUUUCAGAAUUUGAACGAGUUACUCCUCUGAAAGUGUAUAACUGGUUUGCCAAUCGUCGAAAGGAGAUGAAGAGAAGAGCAAACAUAGAAGCAGCAAUCCUGGAGAGUCACGGGAUUGACGUGCAGAGUCCUGGUGGACAUUCCAAUAGUGACGACAUUGAAGUCAACGACUACUGUGAGCAAGAUGAAAAUACCUGUCAUAGUGACCAUCAGCAAGAUCCCAUCUCAUUGGCUGUCGAAAUGGCAGCUGUCAAUCAUUCAGUCCUAGCUUUGGCCGGCCAGGGUGGAAGUGAGAUCAAGACAGAAGCAGUCGACGAUGAUUGAACGUAAGGCUGAAGGCAAUCAGGAUUAUAUAAUGUUAUAGACUAUAGCCACCUUCUUCCCUGUUAUAUGUACUGUUCUGCAACAGACUAUUAGAUGUAUAUUUAUCAUUUGUUUGUCGCUGUCUGUUAAAUUGAAAGAAAAGUUCUCAUUUUUUUAUAGCUGCCAAUGUGAUCAUCUCAUAUUAACAUAUCAGUGACUAGAAGUUGUCAGGUGUGACUAGAGCUAAGGUUUGCUGACGGCUGACUGUGAAUUCAAAAAGGAAACUUUUUUAAUGUAUUACUGCACAUUACUCAAUACAGUUGAAAUUAUUAGCUGAAGGCAAAAUAAAAGCAUUUUCUAUUUUCUAAAUUUUACAUAGCUAGUUUUUUAUUAGGGAGGUACGAACAAAAAGUCAAACCAGACUAAACUGGCCUGCAGUCAGAAGUUAUAAGGGCCCAGAACACACACAGAGUGCAGUUUCUUCGAGGCUCCAGUUUCUGGAAACUGAGAAGCGUGCGGCUCCAUAUGUUCCCAUUCUGGAUUUCAAACCUGCUGUUUCAGAUUGCUAAUUGUUCGUUGGCCCCUACUUUUCAGCCUGGUUUUAAAAUAAGACAAGUGCUAUAUAUCCAUUCCUUGGUCAAAUAAUUUCCUUUUCGUUCUGUUUUCAUUUUGAAUAAAAGUUCACUUAACUGUAGAAGGUUUGGUUGUACUUCAGCUUGCAGGCAUCCUUUGGAUCCAGUGGAUAAGCUUUCAACCGCCUCUUCAUGUCUAUUUGUGCACACGAUUAAAUGAUCGUUUUUAUAGUAACUAAAUGUUACAUUUUGGAAUUUGCGUCAGAACUUAGAGGAACAAAAUGUUUGCAUCUGACAGACCUAAAAGAGACAACUUUGCCAAUUUCCACUUCCCCAGAAGUAAGGUUCUAAUUAAUGACAAUUAAAAGAUAUUCACUGUUGUGGUGAUCUCGAAUGUAACAGUCAUUUUCCCUGUAAUUAAUGACCAUCACUGCGGUACCAUUUUUAAGUAUUUUUCUGUUUAUAGAUGGUUAUAAGCUUUAAUCCAGUAUCAAAUUUGUUGCAAGGAAACGUUAUGUUGCUUUAUUUAUCACAGGGAUAGCUUAAGCAAUGAGUUCACAGCCUAUUUGCUGAACAUCUCCCUCCAGGAUAGAAGAUUUUUCUCAGUGCUAUAGAGGUUUUGCUACAUCUAAUACUAGAGCACCAUCCAACAAGACUAUGUAAAAUAGCAUUGCUUUUUUAAAGCCUUAGACUUCUGGCUUUUUGGAAAUUGGUGGUCAGUAAGAUGAUGGCUGCGGCCACAUUUGAUUGCCAAGCAUACCAGGAAUGUUCAUGCAGACCGAGUGUAUCUUCUGUUGCAUUGACUGAGGCAUGCUGACCAAGAAAUGGAGGUUCCCAGUGACCCUGCUGUACUCAGGUGGACUAUGGUGUAAGGAGGUUAACAGCAAGUGGGAUGGUUAGGUAGCUGAAUACUGAUUGUCAGAUUCAGACUUUGUGCUCAUUUGUAAUCUAGUUGCCCACAGUGCAAGCAACCUAAGUGACUUCAUGACUGGCUUUUUAAUGUGUUGUAAAACAUGAUUAACCAGGUACAGUGGAUUCCAGUUAUUUGGGGCACAUCAGAACCAGUACAUGUUGGCCCAAUUAAGUGGCUGACCCAAUUAGACAAGUCUCAUGGAAAUAGUUAAAACAGUAUAAAAAAGACAAACAGAGUAACAAAUUACGUAUUUAAAUGAAAUACAGAACAAAUUAGAUCUCUACCAAUACUACUACAGUACUAUAAAACUGUGCAUUAAUUCGUAAUAGUUUAUCAACAGAGGAAUUCAUCCAUUGUAUGCAAUAGACAAAAUCAGUGCAGAUAAUGGACUGCCUUCAUACUAUGCUAUCAACAAUUAUAUCCUCUAAAUCUCCAUUUUCAUUGUAGCAUUCAAGAUUGUCAAUACCUUCAAGUUCUUGGUAGCUUCUAACUUGUUGAAGCAGUGAAAUAGUUUCAUUUUCACUCCUGUGUUUCUGGCAUCUUCAAGCCUGAAUGCUUGAAACUGCAAUGAACAAAACAGUUCUGAAUUGUCUUACUGCUUAUUUCUCACCAACUAUUGGUGACAAAAAAACUAUUCACUCUAAGCAGAGUAUAGCGUCUAACGGCCACAGAAAUGUACAUGACUGAUGCUAGUUAGAAUCUGUUCAACAAGUCUCCUGUCCCAAUUAAGUGGCAUCGUGUCCCGAAGAAAUGAAGGGAAAACGGGCUAUUUUCCUUAUUAAUUUUUGUUCUUUAUGAAUAGGCAGCUGCCUUAAUUAACUGAUGGCCUAAUUAACCAGAAUCCACUGUAUUUAGUUUGUGAUGGUUUUCCACAUCUUCCAAAGUUGAAAUUGAGGGAAAUUUUGUUUCUUUUUUAUAGUUUUGUGAAUGUUUCCUUACCUCAAGUUCAGUACUCUUUAUGUCACCCCAAGGGAUAACUGCUAUCCACUUUAAAGCUUCUGUUGCGGAGGAAGGCUUCCGAAAAAUGAAGCAGAUAUUUUUAAAAAAUGUGUAUCAUAGCCAUGGAUUCAAUUCUAGAUGCUAAUCAAACGAAUCCUGCUUCCUGUGAAGUGAUUCAGUAAAAAAAUAUUAUCUCCUUGGGUUUGCUAAGUUAGCGUGGAAUCUCAAAACAAGCUGGUCUAGUCCCAGUCUAUAAUGAUGCCGGUUUGAGAAACGAACAUAGCCUGUGUUACUGCUAGGAUAAUGGCUUCAGUGUUGCAUAAAUGAAUUUGCUUGGUUGUUAUACCUACAACACUGAAAAAGAAGUGUUAUUUUGAUUAUUACCAGAGUCAGUAUUCUAGAUUUUCUGCCCUUUGGAAUAAUGCUGAACAAAGCUUCAACUAAUUUUAACUAUGUAGACAAUCUGUUAUGAUGGCCCUACUCAGUUUCAGAUAUUUAUUGCAGUUAUAGAUUGUCUCAAUUUUGUUUACUGUUUGCCAUGGGUUAAUCUAGUUACCACUUAGUUAUGUUGCCUUUACCAUGUUCUAACUAAUACUUUAGAGUUGAAGCACAGUGACAGGAAAUGCUGGAUCUACGCAUCGGAGGGCAUUGCGAGAGAGAAAUUGAUUCAUAUUGAUUACCUUCCAUUAGAACUGGGAGGAGUUUGUGAACAAGUACAUUUUGAGCUGCAGAAGAAAGGUUUUCUGAAUCCGUUCUCCCUCUACAAUUACUCCCUGCCUAAACCAGUAAUUCCAAUAUUUUCUGGGUUUAUUUCAAAUUUCCAGCAUCUGCAGUUUUUUUUUGGCUUUUCAAACAAACUCUCACAAUGAUUUUUGGCCUUAUUAUAAUAGAAAUAAUGCCUUCAAAUGGCAUUCUUUUGCAUGAAGUUUUAAAAGAGCUUCUAGCUCAUGUCUUAAUGGAUGAAGAUGUCAGAUACAUAUGUUAAUACGGGUCCUCACAGCUUACAGCAGGGUUCUGUUCCUGAGGAUUGUUCGGCUUUCGAACAGUUCACAAGCUGGAAAUCUGGCUGGCAAACAAAGUUCCUACAUGGUGAAGAUGCUUCUGGAGGCGGGUUGCCCCUUCAGAAUAGAUAGUCUAGAGAACCAUUUUAAAUCUCACUGAAUAAAGUUGGUACUAACCCCAGCCUCUCUUGGGCUACUCAUGAUAUCCUCUUAAAAGAAUUUACCACAGCCAAGCUUUUCCAAAUCACUAACAGUUUUAAAAAAAUUACAUUGUUGCUGGCCUGGGCGUUGCUUCUCGAGAUAGGAUUCACAAAAUGGACGUCAGUGUAGUGACUAGAAUGUACUUUUCAUGGGUUCGAAUUGGCAAAAUUCCAGCUCAUGUCAAGACGUCACCUGUAGCACCAGAGUAGCUGGAAAAUCCAUUCUGCUGGGCUCUUCAUAAGUUGGGUGUUGGUAAGCUGAGAGAACCUGUAAUUGUACUUUGUAUCUUCAGGGACACUAAAUUUUGAAGUCACCUUAAAUAGAAUUGAAAAGAAAAAUAUUUGAAAACAGAAUCCUACACAUCAAUCUGUGGGAUGUAACUUACACAAUGUGAUUGGGUGAUUUGUAACUUCUGACUGUGCAGUUCAUAAGAUACAAAUUCACUCAUGGAGUUUAAUGAAAAUUGCAAUUUGUAAUUUAAACAGUUAGCUUCUCUAUAACUUCAAAAGCAUUAAUAACUAAUUGACAACAAUGCCCAGAGUUAAAAUAUAACAUGAAUUAUAUUUUAUAGACUGGAAGCAUGUACCUUGGGAUAUGAACAGCAUUAAGAUCAGAGUUAAAUCUAAAUGUUCAUUAUAGUUCUCUGAAUUAAAAACUAGAACAUGUAUACUUUCAUCAAAAUAUCUUAGGAUUAUUGCAUUGUUUAAUGUGAUAAAACCAUAAGUAUUAACUCUAAAUCUAGAUGGUGAUUACAGUCAGCAGUUUUUGCUGCAAAUGGUAUUACCAGUUUGAAAGAUUUACCAACAAGAACCUGCAAUAAUCAGCUCCACGUCUCAUAUCAAACCAUGAACGGUAUCCGGUGAGAGAUGGUUUAUGAGGAAAAACUGAUUUUUCAAUGAACUAUAGUAACUUCCAGUAAUUUUUAGUUUUAUUGAAGUAUUUGGUUUAAAAUUAAGUGAACCACUAAAUUAAGCAAUAAUGCAUUUUGAUCACCGAGUAAAUUCAGACUUAAUUUGCUAUUUAUUCUGUGGAAGCAGUUGACUACCUGAAUGGUUGUCUUUAUUAACUGUUCUCUUGAUUGAAUCAGAAUUAUCAGUCAUCUACAUCAGUUGUAAUCUUGUGUUCCAACAAGCCACAUCAAAAUAGCUGAAAGGGUAAAAAUAUCUGGCUCAUCGUUAAAAUGUACAAGUAGUUUUAUAAGGUUAUUUCUAGAUUAACUACUCGAGUUAUUUUUGUAAUGCUCAUUAAUACACAAACCUCCAGACAGCACACAGAAUAAAUCUGUUCAUUCCUCCAAUUUAGGACAAAAUACCUUUCUGAUUUAAAGCAUUAUAUACUGAGCAGAAUUGCACCUUGUAGAAUUUGUUUUUGAAUGCAGAGUACUGAACAAAGUAUUCUUUAAAUAAGUGCUGCUACGUGCCAUGUGCCUGGCACUAAUACAGAUCUCAUUACUGAUGACCCACUGAUGGAAUUCUUUUUCUCUCACCUGUCACUGUCUGUUCCCAGCAUUCAAAAACAGGAAGGGACUUUAAAAUCAUGAGCUACUUGACACUAAUGCGCAAAAAUCAACAAAUUACUAAUAACGCUUCCAUAACUUUCCAGUGAGCAGCUGUGUAGUAAUUGCACAGAACUUGACAAUAAUGCAUUCAUUUUCUUUUCAACUUUUUCAAAGGCAGACGAAACAACAAAAUCACUCAAGAUUAUUAGCUUUAUGCCACUGAAACUUGUUUAGAGGUAUCACCUUACCGGCUGAGCACAAGAAAGUUAAAGAUUGCCUCAAAUGACUGAGGGUGGAGAAUUAAGUGUACUUAGAGUAUUUGGUCUUGAGAAGGUCCAAGUAUGUUUAAACAAAAAUGUGAUCUGGACAGAUCCUUAAAGGUGCCAUAUUCACGUGGGGCCCUUAAGUCAUUUGGGUUCUGAUUAUCUAGUAUUUGAGUUCAGCCUCAAAAAUAAAGUUGGUACCUUUAAAUGAAAAAAGUGCUUACUAGGGAAUGUCAUAUAAAAUUAGAAUUAGAUUUGAUUGUGUAAGAUUCCACAUUUAGGAAUAUAGGAAUGUUUAAAUUGGCCAAUAUUUAGGAAUGGUUGCUGGAGGAGUUAUUGGAGCUACAAAUGCCUUUUUAAAAAAAAAUUUGUAACCUAUUAGAGCAGAGGUUCCCAACAUUUUUUAUGCCAUGGGCUCCUACCAUUAACGGAGGGGUCCGCAGACUGGGAACCCCUGCAUUGGAGUUAGUCAGGGACCAAUGAGACAGCUGGCUGUUAAGAGUGAAAUGCAGUAUUAUUAACUAGUAAAUAUAAUACGUAUGUUGAGAAUGAAAAAUAAAUCAUUUCCAGACAUCGCGACUGCAGUAAUAAAAUCAGGAAAUAACUGAAGGCAGAAACUAAGGAACCAGAAACCGCAUUAAUAGCUUUAUAUCAAAACUAUUAUUUUGUUUCUGGCAUCUGUUAUAAAUGACAAAACAAACAAACAGUGUAUUUAGGAGAUGCAAUUGACUGUGGACGCUGUAUUCUGGAGCCAAAACCAAACUGCUACGGGAACCCAGUUGUUCAGGCACCAGACAAUGGUCAAUGUUUCUUGCUCAGGAAGUUGCGUUGGCCUGGCCUGUCCUAGUGUGUUGCGGUGACUUAAUAAUUACUGAAUUAGCCGUCACAGUAGCGUGGCAGUUAGUACAACUCGGGGCGUUAGAGUUCAGUCCCAGCACCCUCUAUAACGAGUUUGUGCGAACUCUCCAAGGAAAGUGUGGGUUUCCUCUAGGUACUCUGGUUUCCUCCCACAGUCCAAAGAUGUACUGGUUAGUAGGUAAUUGAUCAUUGUAAAUUGUCCCGUGAUUAGGCUGGGGUCGCUGGGUGGCUCAGCUCGAAGGGCUGGAGGAGCUAAUUCCACACUGUAUCUCAAUAAAUAAGUAAAUUGCAAUCACAAUUGUAUAGUAGUAAAAACAUAAGAUUUGUGCAAAGAUCCCACAGGCAAGAGGAGAUGAAUGGCCAGUUUAUUUAUUGUUAAUGGUGUUGACUGAGGGACACCAAGAUAACAUCACUUUCUUCGUUGAGGUACCCUGGUGAGUUCUUUUAUGUGAGCUGGCAGGGCAGGAUUGGUUUAAAGGCUCUGAAGUGAGAGCCUGUGGUGACAUUGAGUGAAAGUGGAAGAGUUACUGCUCAGUCGGGUGGAUAAUAAUUGCAGUGAUAUAGAUAGGUGUAUGGCAGUACACAACAGUGCACCACACUAGCACUAGCUCUGAUUUUGUCAAGCUUUGCAUCUUCUACAGCAGGGCUGCACAUAACAGUACAGCACUGGACAGACCAAUCAGCAAUCACAUUGUGCCGAUCGUGAUGCCAGUUUAUACUGAGUAUCUCCUGUGUUGCAUUCAUAGCCUUAUAAUUUUCUUAUAUUCAUCUGUCUAUCCAGAAGCCUCUUAAACUCCACCAGACUGCCCCUGGGCACCUACCACUCUCUGUACAAAACUUCUGCCCUCUAACCUUAAAAGAUGCCCCCCAGUGUUUGACAUUUCUUCCCUGGGGAAGAGAUUCUGACAGUCUUUGCCUCUCAAAAUGCUUUUAAAAAAACCACUAUCAGGUUGCCUCUAAACCUCUGAUGUUCUAGAGCAGGGGUUCCCAAACUUCUUUACGCUGUGGGCCAAUACCAUUAAGCGUCGGCUAUGUGGGCUCCAGGCUGGGAACCCCUGCUCUAGAGGGAACAACCCAAGUUGUCCAACCUUUCCUUUUAGCUCAUACCCUCUAAUCCAGGCAGCGUCCUGGUAAACCUCGUCUUUCCAGUGAAGAAACGUACUGGAACAGCAGCACUCCCUGGAACUUAGAGUAUGUUCUGCAAGUACAUAUAUAAUCAUCCUUUUGUGUGGAUUCUUACACCUUGCAAUUGUGUUAUGUUUCUUAAUGGAGCUAUUCAUAGCACCUUUAUAUAAAACUUUUAAACAACCAUAUAUAUUAUCUGACACUGAUGACUAAUUGUUGGAUCUAUGCCAGCUUUUUGCCAGAGCAUCAAAACUAAUCUUCCCAUUUCCCCACUUCCUGAUUCAUUCCUUCUUUUUAAAAAAAACACACACACAGUUCAGUCAUUCCUAGGAGAAAGUAUCAAGUUGGAGGUCUUCAUCUCAUUUAGAUUAGCGAACUAUUAGUUCGACAUCUUCACAGAGUCGUAACAGCACAGAAACAGGCGCUUCAGCCAACCCUGUUUGUGCUGACACAUUUCUACCAAUCCCGAGCAACACACACACAAUGCUGAAGGAACCUAGCAGGGCAGGCAGCAUCUCUGGAAAAGGGUAAACAGUCGAUGUCCUGAUGAAGGGUCUCGGCCUGAAACGUCGACCGUUUACUCUUUUCCUGGCCUGCUGAGUUCCUCCGGCAUUCUGUGUGGGCUGCUUUGGAUUUCCAGCGUCUGCAGACCUUCUCAUGUUUGUUAUACUAAUCCCAAUCUUUGGCUGCGUAGCCUGUGAAAGUGACGCUUCCACGAGGGCCACUACCUGAGACAUCGGUGUUUUCGAGCCUUAACUUGCAAAGCAAAGUGAACUCUUCAAAUUAAUGUACGUUUUAGGGACGCUGGUAAGUCCUUUCCAAAACACUGCCAGUCAUCAUCACUGUUGAAGUAGAAAAAUGACACCGUAAUCUGAUAAUUUUAACGUUGCCCUCUCUACAUUUCCUGAAAUUAAUAGGAUUCUGUAUGCAUCAGUGAAAUGCUAUUUAAAUGAUUAAAAUAAUUUAGAUGCACAAUCAGAACCAUGAAAACUUAGCUAAAUUACGGUUGUAUAGUGUUUCUGUUCAUAAAUACUCUUCUCUUUAAACUCGGAAUAUUUGAUGUUGAGUUGAAAAUGGUUUUUGUUAAAAAGUGAAGUUAAUUAGUUAAAACAGAAAUAAAUUAGUGUAUGUACAGUUAAUUAAUUUCAUACAGGGUAACAGUAGGUUUGGUAGAAGUAGGCUAAAGGCCUGUACCAGCAAGAGUGAGGUAUAAGCAACACACACAAAAUGCCGGGGGAACUCAGCAGGCCAGGCAGCAUCUGUGGAAAAGAGUAAGCAGUCGGCCCAAAACGUUGACUGUUAUUCAUUUCCAUAGAUGCUGCCUGACCGCUGAGUUCUUCCAGCAUUUUCUGUGGGUUGCUUUGUAGUUCCAGCAUCUACCGAUUUUUUUUUCAUGUUUGCAAGGUAUAAGUACUUGCCUCUGCUUGCUAUGCAAUGUUGUAUUAUUAGCAAGCACUAAGAAAAAGCUUAGCAACUCCAACAAGGUGAAAAAUGAUACAAUUAAAUAAUAAGUGGAAAAUAAGUUUAACACAGCAUAAUUUUGAAAAUAACGAUAUAAAAUUGUCAGUGUCUUGCUCUUUUUGAUUAAGGUUGGAUAGAUAUUUAAGAAAAAAUCUUGAAAGUACAGGGAAGAUUAGGGAGGCUGACUGUUCUGUUGGGUUUAAUUCUCUCAGAAGUUCUCAGCACUCUUAACUUCAAGUUUGAAAAUUCCUCUUUUUAGAAGAUGGAACGCUGUGAAACUACUGUGUACUUCAACUAUCACUCCCCAACAGUUCAGCUUUGGGCACUUUAUUUCACUGGGAUAAAUACACUGUAUAACAGAAUUACACUUUGUGAAUUGUAGGGGAAGAGUGCAAAACAAUUUUAACAACUCAGUUUUAUUCUAUUUAUCACUUCUUAAGGAAAAAUUCAACUUCACUUUUUCCAUUCCCAAAUGUUGCCUUUCUGAGUGUUGACGAUGUUAGGAUAGGUGAAGUAAUAUCUCUGUACCAUUGUGGGAAAUCUGCUUGCUAAUACGUCCAUUGUGCACAACUGCCCCACCUUGCCCUCUCAAAUAAAAACACUUUUAUGGAUCUUUAGGCUCUUCAGCAGCACAGACUUUUAAUAUUUGGCUCAAGAUAAUCACCUAUGUGCAAAUACACCUCAGUGGUAUUUUCAUCUAGUUCAAUGUGCCCAGAUAACUUGUAUCAGACUUGCAUCAGUAUAAUGUUACUGCUCCACUUGUGGCACAAGUGUGGACAACAACAAAAUAUCUUUCCUUCCAGCACAAACCAGCUUUCAUCUCAACCUAUCCAGUCCACUGAUUCUAUGAGACAAGUAUUCUUCCGAAUCAGUACUUAGAAUUAUUGGAAAGUACAGCACAGAAAUGGGCUCUUUGGCCCUUCUAGUUCGUGCCAAACCAUUUGAAUUGCCUACUCCCAUCAACCUCUGAGUGAAGAAGAUUCCCUUCAUGUUCCCUUUAAACUUUUCACCUAUCACACCUAACCCAUGACCUCUGGUUGUAGUCCCACCCAAUCUCAGUGGAAAAAGCCUGCUUGCAUCUUUACCCUAUCUGUACCCCUCUUAAUUUUGUAUACCUCUUUACUUCUGAUGGAUCAGCUGGGGAAGCCCUAGUUGUUGCAUUUAAGUAAUCAUAAAUGUUUUAAAGGGCUUCAGGGUCCCCUAUUUGUAGUUGAUAUGUUCAUUAUAUUCAUUUCUAUAAACUUCCUGCAAAUCCCGGUCCAUUGUCCCAAAACACAUAUAUUCACAAAAGUAUACAGAUUACAGCUGCUGCCAUCUUGUUCUCUAUGGCUAGGUGACCAGACAAAUGCAUAUUAUUGUAGUAAGUGAGUGAGACUUUGCACCUUGUCUUAGCUGCUCCGUCGGGUUCAUUUUGAUACACCCUACCCUCUCAAAAAUUCCAUAAUUUGUGAAUUGCUUAUUGAUUUUCACAGAUAAAAUAAUCGAGUUUUGGAUUGCCUUUAUGGGUAGAAUCUUAAAAAUGGAAACAUGCAUUUUCCACUAAAAGUGCCUCCUUUAUUCUCGUAAGCUCACUUUGGAGAGCAAGUGCUUCACUUACACACUGGAUCUUUUACCCAGUUGACCACAAUGAUUGUCAGUCUAUUAAGCUGCAGUUGUUCCCACUCUUCAGUUCAGUUACAAUAAACCAGUUUUGGAGUUAAAGAAACUUCUUUCAAAUGCAACUUAUUCUUUGUAGAAAUACACCUGUAUAUAGUAGAUGGCGGCAGUAAUCCAUUUAAAACCUCUGAUCGGUUGGAAAGAGGAGGGGAGUGAUGACUGAACGACUUGACUUCACUUUGGGAGUCUUUACAGUAUGUCUAUUUCAUAUCGUCACAUCAGAAAUUCAGAAUGGCACUGUAGGAAGAAUGGGGCCAGGUUAACUCUCUAAACUACUACUUGGACCCAAAGUACUUCGGGAUUUACUGAGAUUGUGAAAGACUGUUUCUGGUAAAGUUUUUGUUUUGAGAUCUGGGAUACAGUAAUUUGAAGAUCACAUUUAUAUUUCUUGAAAGGUGGGUUUAAAGUUUUAAGCCAGGAAUAUAAUUUAUUUAAGAGACAUACCCAUUACCAUUUAUCAGAAUAGCUUUUUAUAUUAGUUAUCCAGACAUUGUGGAAUGACUGCAUUAUUGACAUGCAUUCAAUGUUCAUGAUCCUGAUAAAACUUUAACAUUGCAAAUUCAUGAGCAGGUUGUAUCUACAACAAAAGUUGUGGUUUACAAAUGUAAACCAAGACUUAGAUCUACCAGUAUUAAUUAACAAAGUAUGCUUUGGAGUAGAAAUUGUGGACACCAAAAUGUGAUCUUUAUCCAGACUCGUGUAACCAGUCAUAAUAAAUCAAGAGCUUUAGUGCUGUGGAUGGCAAAGUAAAAUUACUACCAACAAUGUAGAUAGAGACAAUUGUUUGUAGUGCUCUGUCAAUGUGGAUGUAUUUAAAGAAAUUGUGGAUGGUGGUGAAAUUUUAAUGCUAAUCAUCUAAAUUUUUCUCAAAUAGUCAAAAUUGCUUCAUUAUUUUGUUAAUGUAUGAGUUUUUUUUAAAUUUUAGGUGAAAUUUUUACAAAUAAUUACCAUAUUCAUUUCUUUGUCCCGCCUAAUUGAGAUGGAUGAUUACAAUAGAACCCACAUCAAAAUUCACAAUUUAUUAGGCUGAUGUGGAGAUAAAAACCAAUUAAGAAAAAUCUAACUUGGAGUCGUUGAACCAUGAUUUUUUUUUAAAAAUUGCACUAUUGGUCAAUAGAAAAGGUACAGUAUUAUUCUAUCCAAUCUACCCGAUUUUAAGAGAACUCAUUGUACUGUGAGCAGUGUUUUGCACGUGACUUUGUAUCCUAUUUCACUGUCUAGUUAUUUAAAAGACAAACUUGGGUUGCUCCCAGCAAGUAAUUUCUGUGAAAGACUUCAGUUAAAUGUAUAACAAAGACAGGUUUGAAUUUAUAGUUUAGCAAGAUAAAUAUGUAUAUACACAUACAAACUCAAUGCUGCCCACAUCAUUUUCUUGGUCUGAAGGGUUGAUUCAUCAGUUAGCCAGUGUAAAUGUCAUAUUUCUAAAGGUCUAUAAAAAUGGUCCAAAUACAUCUAAUUAUUGUAAAUAUUUUUUAAAGCACUUUUUAAAAAGAAAUUACUUUUUGUACUCCAGUAUGUUUAAUGUAUAAAACUAGCUCAGUUGCAUAUUUAAGAGAAUUAUACAAAGGAUGUAAUUACACUGCCCACAGCACAAUUAGCAAUGUCCUUGGAGACCUCCUCAUUGACUGGAUUAGACCAGCUUCUCAGUGCAGCUUGAAGCAAAACAGAAAAUGUAUAAUUGUGGCUUCUGUGAAAAUGUCUAGGGGAGCAUCUUUUUUUUCUGCAUAGUUUACAAGCAUUAUAUGUAAUUUUGAUGUAAGUUACUUUUAAGUAACUUUUUGAAAUACUGUACACUGUAAUAUCAUUACUGUUAAAAAUAAUUUUUAUGCACUGUAUUUAAGUAACUUUUCCUUUAUCUAGUUCCAAGGAAAUACAGGACAUCUUGUAUCUGUUUAACUAAACGUAAGAUUCUACAAAAAAAACUCUAAUUAUAGACCUAGUAGUAACCAUUAAACUAAUGUAGCAAAACACGUUUGGAAACUUUUUUCUGUUAAGCUUGUACUAAAAUUCAGCAAUGCCAACUAUGAAUGUGUAUUUACUAAUUUGUUGACAAAUCUACUGCCAUAUUAGUUAAAGUUCAGGUUAUUUUUCACUUAAGGGCACUUGGUAGUGUCAAUAUUAUGUCCAGAGGUUAACUGUAUCUACAUAUGUACAAAAAUAUGCAACAAAAAUUGACCUACUGAACUAUCAGCUAUUGAUGUGACUAUAUAUUGUGGAAUUUAUAAAAGUAAUCAUGUUCUGUUUCAUACUUUUUUUUUCAAAGUACACUCCCCAACCCUGUAGUGUUCUUUUACCUCCUUCAGUUGGAAAUGUAGGUUGGCCAACAGCAGGUUUCUAUAAUGAUGCCUAUGCUUCUCUCUACUUGGCCAUGAGGUGUACUUUUUUGGCAUGGUUGGCCAGCACCAGUUUAAUUACCCUUUGUUAAUGUAACUGUAAAGCAUUGCACCUAGUGGUUGAACUGAGAACUGAAGUUGGUCAUCAGCUUGGCUGUGGAUUUGACUGCAAGCUGAGCACUAGAAUUUAAACCGAAGGUGAAAGAUCAAAACCACAGAACUGUAAACCAAGCAUCUGACACUACAGGGACAGGAUCACAGUGCUUGCUGAUCAUGCAGUGCAUGGUGGCACAUCAGUGGAGUCAAAUGCCUUUCCAUAUAUUCUGCCCCAGGAAAGUGAUGAGAAAUAAAAGGAAAAGGGAAAAGUAAAAGAAAUUGGUUUAGCUGUAUCUGUGCUUGUGUAUCCCAUCCUUUAUUCUGUGUUCAUACAUAUGCUUCCAUAUGUAUAUAAUUUGUAGUUAAUGGUCUGGAUUAGUGCCUUUUGACAGUAGACUGUUAUAGAACCCAAUUUAUAGUUUUUGUAUAUUUUCAUUAUUGAAUUUUUGGUUAGCUCAAAUUUUCUUUACCCCAAUAAAGCAAUAAAUAUG